AACUAAACCAAAUACUAAAUUGCAGUUUCUCGGCUCUUCGCAACACGUCAUCAAACCCUUACUCGAACCAUCUGCAAUGGCCGUCGUCCACUGUCCGCUUGUACUUCCGCCGGAAAAUACAGAGUCCGUCUUCAGCUCAGCAUCAUCUGUUCUCAGCCCAACACUUUCAGUUCUUUCUACUCACACUUUACCCAAGCUUAAAUCCUGCAAUUUCUCCAUUUCUCCCAAGCUUCGAGUGAAAUGUAAGGCGCAGGAAUCCGAAGUCAGACCACUUGCAUAUACCUUCACUGAGUACAAACAUUUGCUUCUUCCAGUCAUAGAUCGCAAUCCUUAUCUAUCCGAGGGUACAAAGCAGGCGGUGGCAACCGUUGCUGCUUUGGCAAAGAAAUACGGGGCUGAGAUAACAGUUGUAGUUAUCGAUGACAAGGAGAAGGAUAAGUUGUCGGAACAUGAGACUCAACUAGCUACUAUUCGUUGGCAUUUAUCUGAAGGCGGGUUUCAAGAAUUCAAGAUAUUGGAGAGACUUGGAGAAGGAAUCAAGCCAACGGCGAUAAUCGGAGAGGUAGCUGAUGAAAUGAAUAUGGAUCUAGUUAUUAUGAGUAUGGAGGCUGUCCAUUCCAAACACGUCGAUGCAAACCUAUUGGCCGAGUUCAUACCAUGCCCUGUCUUGCUUUUGCCACUGUGAUCGACAUCUUGUAUUCAAACUAGUCCUUAACUCUUACCAAAUAUGUUAGAAACACUUUCCUUUGAUUAUUAUCUCUGAAUUUCAUGGACA